AUGGAGAAGAGACACAGAUGCAAGCUCUGUUUGAGAAGCUUUGGUAAUGGCAGAGCUUUAGGGGGCCACAUGAGAUCCCACAUGAUGAAGUUCUAUGCUUCGAAUAAGCGCGAACAAGUCAAACACGCUUUUGAUUCUGUUGAUUUUGAUGUUGUUCAUGAUUCCUAUUCUUCUUCAUCUGAUGAUGAUGAUGAAGAAGAAGAAAGCGCGCUUUUGGUGGAUCACGGGUUUGGUUCCGAAUCCGACCCGAUUUGCAGAAGAUCGAACCGGGUCAGGAAAUCGAGGGUUUCCGAUUUGGAGGACGGGUUUUUUCACGUGGAUAAGAAACUCAAGUUCGGCGGCUACUGCUCGCCGGAGGCGGAGUUGAGUUCUGUUUCCGACACCACGUCGGAGGAGCACCUUGCUCACUGUCUUAUAAUGCUGUCCAGAGACACGUGGCAGAAGGAGGAGGAAGAGGAAUAUUCCGGCGCGGCGGUGAAGGCAAAAGUUGGUAGGGGAAAGUACAGAUGCGAGGAGUGUAACAAGCUGUUCAGGUCUUAUCAAGCACUUGGUGGCCACCGGGCUAGCCACAAGAAGAUCAAACUCAACACCCCGCCGCCGCCGCCGCCGUCGCCGCCGCGGAAGGUUUCAGGCUCUCCGCCGGAGAAGAAGGUGCACGAGUGCCCGUUCUGCGAUAGGGUUUUCUCGUCGGGGCAAGCACUUGGUGGGCAUAAGAGAACGCAUUUCAUCGGCGGCGCCACCCCCGCCGCCGCCGCCGCAGCAGCUUCCAAACAGAGUCCGGUAAUCAGGGAAAAACUGAAGAUAGAUCUGAAUCUGCCUGCUCCGGUGGAUGAAGAGGAAGAUGACGUCAGCCAAAUUGCUGUUUCUGCAGUUUCCGAUGAAGAAUUCGUCCGCCCCAUUAUGCGAUAACGAUGAUGAAUUUGCUUCCUAUUUUUAAAAUGUUUUUUUUUUCUUUUUCUUUUUGCUUAUUACAUGGAUCUGAGUUUUUUUAUUACAGUUAAAACAGGUUUGUAAUUUCAUACUCAUUAUAAAUUUGAGUACUAUAAUUCAAUUUUCUAGGA